AUGAUUGGUCUAGCGACGAGCGUCAGUUUGUGGCUGCCAUCAGCCGGUGAACACACAAAACAGGAAUGGAACAUAAAUGGGAGACAUCUAAGACAAAAGACAACUCAACUUGAGUUGAUGUGUACAGUGAACCGACUCGUGCUUACUAACCAAUCGAGUACCGGUUCCAGCCCGUUCCAGGGUAGGAAUAUGCCAAAGGGAACCCAGUUAACUACAACGGAACGGUUUCGUAUUUUGGCAUUGAAACAAGUUGGAAAAAGUCUACGACAAAUUGCCCGAACCGUUGGGCGCAGUAAGACAGCGGUAUCCCAAUGUUUACAGUUUCCAGCUACGGAAAGAAGAAAGAAACGGAGUGGGAGAAAAUGUGCUCUAUCAAGGGAACAGUUAGACAGAUUAUACGCGAAAGCUUCUUCGAAUUCCAGCUUGAGCUGUCAGGACCUGAAAGAGGAGCUGAAUCUGCCUAUUUCCCGCCGUCAGAUAAGCCGUAUACUGAAGAAACUCUCCGUACCACGUGAUCCAGCCAUAAAACGAUCAUCAGAUAGCAGAAAGGAGGACGGAUUGCGUAAGGACCUAAAAGCAAAUACCAUUCAGGCCUUGUGGACAAUACUGACAAACUCCGUUGCUACCAACGGAUCGACUGACUCUGCAGAGCCGACCACAACAACGCUAGACUCUGAAGAAAAUAGUGUACCGCGAUGA